UCAAUAAUUUAUUUUAUAAUAUAUGUACUUUUUAUUUUAUAAUAGGCAUUGUAAAAUAUCUUAAAAUAUUUGUGAUCCUGUGUUUGUGGCUAACUUUAUAGUUGUUUCUGGUGUCAAAAAUUGUUUAUUUCAAUUUUUCAAUUAAUUUGUGUUUUUGAAACGUGAUUUUGUGAAUCUUUGACAAAGUUCUGUUUUUAUAGUUUAUAAACUAUAACGCAAAAUGUCCAUAGAAAUUGAAUCCGCUGAUGUUAUCAGACUUAUUCAACAAUAUUUAAAAGAAUCGAAUUUAUUUAGAACAUUACACACUCUACAGGAAGAGACAGGCGUCACAUUGAACACAGUAGACAGUGUAGAUGGUUUUUGUGCUGAUAUUAAUAAUGGUCAUUGGGACACAGUUUUAAAAGCAAUACAGUCUUUAAAGUUGCCUGACAAAAAACUUAUAGACUUAUAUGAACAGAUCGUUCUAGAACUAAUAGAACUGAGAGAAUUGGGAGCAGCCAGAUCCCUAUUGAGACAAACAGAUCCCAUGAUAAUGAUGAAACAGAAUGAGCCUGAGAGAUACAUUCAUUUGGAAAAUUUGUUGGCAAGAUCAUAUUUCGAUCCAAGAGAGGCCUACCCUGAUGGCAGCAGCAAAGAGAAAAGAAGAACUGCGAUCGCUCACGCUUUAUCUGGAGAAGUUUCUGUUGUGCCAUCUUCCAGAUUAUUGGCUUUAUUGGGGCAAGCUUUAAAAUGGCAACAACAUCAAGGUUUGUUACCACCUGGAACAACAAUCGAUUUAUUCCGUGGAAAAGCUGCCGUUCGUGAACAGGAGGAUGAACAUUUCCCUACCCAAAUGGCGAAACAGAUAAAGUUCGGUCAGAAGUCCCACGUAGAAUGCGCCAGGUUUUCGCCAGAUGGUCAAUAUUUAGUAACUGGAAGUGUGGAUGGUAUAAUCGAAGUGUGGAACUUUACGACCGGCAAAAUCAGAAAAGAUUUGAAGUAUCAAGCACAGGAAAACUUCAUGGUGAUGGAGCACGCGGUUUUGUGUAUGGCAUUUUCAAGGGAUUCCGAGAUGUUGGUCACCGGUUCUCAAGCUGGACGAGUCAAAGUGUGGAGAAUAAGUUCGGGUCAAUGCUUACGUAAAAUUGAGAAGGCGCACUCCAAAGGCAUCACUUGUCUACAAUUUUCAAGAGACAACAGUCAAGUUUUGAGUGCAUCGUUCGAUCAUUCGAUCCGAAUUCACGGACUGAAGUCUGGUAAAACAUUAAAGGAGUUUAGGGGUCAUACAUCCUUUGUAAACGAAGUUAUUUUCACACAAGACGGUCACAAUAUCCUAAGUGCGUCUUCUGAUGGCACAGUUAAGAUGUGGAGUAUUAAAACAACAGAGUGCAUAAACACAUUUAAAUCGUUGAGUUCCGGGGACACAGCAGUAAAUAAUAUACAUAACUUUAUGAAAAACAAUGAGCACUUUGUUGUAUGUAACAGAAGUAAUACUGUGAUGAUUAUUAACAUGCAAGGACAAGUGGUGCGAUCGUUUUCAAGUGGGAAACGUGAAGGGGGUGAUUUCGUUUGUUCAACAGUUUCGCCCAGAGGAGAUUGGAUUUACUGCGUCGGUGAAGAUUACGUUCUGUAUUGUUUUUCGACGAACUCAGGAAAGCUGGAAAGGACUUUAAAUAUACAUGAAAAAGAUGUUAUUGGUAUAGCCCAUCACCCCCACCAGAAUUUAUUGUGUUCGUAUAGCGAGGAUGGUCUAGUUAGACUGUGGAAGCCUUAGAUUUAAGAUGAAGUGUGUUGUUGCAAUUGACUAUGAAUGACGAUUUGAUAUAAAUUAAUAAAGUUCUGUGAACUAUA